CUAUGGUUCCUACAGGAAGACAUGGCCUUGCAGGGUAAGCAGGCAUAGGACAGGCUAGUUGGAAUAAUUUCAGCAGAUGCUGGGGCAUAGGGACUGUCCCUCAUUGUUUGGUACCUGGCCCCAGAUGAUGAGGGCAGGGGGUAGUGGCCCAGAGUAUGAGAGAAGGUGGUCAGGGGCGUGGGCUCUGGAUUGGUGGGUUUGCAUUUGAAAAGCAUGCACGUUGUCUACUGUCUCUAAGAAUUGACUGGUCCUGCAAGCGCAGUCUCUCCAGGGUUAGCAAGGCCCCGGCUGUCGGAGCAUCAGAAUACAGAAAAUAAGCCAUAGCUAAUGUAUCGGGAGGGUACAUAGCACUAAAUCCUAGAUCUCAGGGCUCUAGAUAAUCCUGAAAUGCCUUGUCUGGGGAACCCAGAAGUACUUGGGAAUACUGCCAGAACGGGUAUGGAGGCCGUUGGUGGGGAGGCCGCAUAGGGUGGCCAUACACUGAGGAGCUGGUCUGCAAGGCAAUGACAGCUGCCAGGUAGACAAGCCAAGUCUGUACGAAUCUUAAGUCCAUGAAGAUGCUGAACAGACUUGUGUCAGAGAGUGCUUGUAGUGUUAUAGGGACUUCAGUGCUAUUUGUUUUAGGUACAUUGUAAAAUGAUUGAGCUACAUUAUGAGCUCCUCACUAAAAUUUUGGCCGACACCCAGGCAUCACGCCUCUGCAUAUCUUCAGACCCGGUCAAGUUCUUAUGUUGGAGGCUGUGAAUGUGGGCAGCUCUUCAUGAUUCUGGACCAUAUAUAUUGUUAUUGGAUGAAAUGUUUGAUGUGGGUGCCAAGCGAGAGUUGGUUUCUAACAAUGCAUAAAUUAUAUUUCAAAUGCUUAACUUACACACACACACACACGCGCACACGCACACAUGUGCACGCACACCCACGCAGAGUGUAGGAUCUGCCGUUCAAGAGUCCUGGAAUGGAAUGGCACAGCUGCCUCACUCUUGGAAUCAGGGAAAUCACCCUGGUUCUUAGUUUAAAACAUUCCGUGGAAAUGUCUCCACAAAAGAUGGACAAAUCAGGGCAGCACUGUUUCCUGAAGCCUCAUUGCUCCCUGACUCCCAGGCCCAGUUCUGGAGCCAAUGGUGGUAGAUGACCUCUUAUAUUUCCUGUGGCGAGAAGUCCAGCCAGUUCCCUCCAUGAGGAAGUUGGCUUAGUGGCCCUGAGUAAUUCCGAGGAACAGCCCAGCCUCUGAGACCCCCUUCUUGGCUAUGCUCUGGAGAACAGACAUAGGAACAGAACGACCAUUCCACAGAGACAAGGAGAAAGGGAACAGGGGAAGAUGGAGAGUUUCGGAAGCACCUGAAGCUGGAGCCUCCUUUCGUCUCUUACGUAGUAUUCCUGUUUCAGGGGGAGGUAGUUGGCUGGGUUCUUCCCUUCAGUCAAACUAUAAGCAAAAAAGUGAACUUAUGUGGUCUGAAGGGAAGAUCAAAUGGGUAAAUUCUGGAACUAACAGAGAUGGGGCAGGAGUCAUGAAUAUAUACAUGUUAGAGUCGGGGUUUGAACCCUUAUCUAAAAGCCACCACUCACCUUCUCUCCCUCCGUUUAUAUACAGCAGGAUGUUGUAGAUGCUGGAAAUACUCCCACCACCUGACCUCCCUCUGAUUCUUCUUCCCCUUCUCCUUCUCUUCCUCCUGCCUGGCCUCGUCCUCCUCCUCACCAGCUCCAUCUCUGUCUCUCCUUUCUCCUCCUGCUCCUCCCCCCCUUCUUCCUGUCCUCCUCCUUCUUUCUUCAACCCGCCUCCUCCUUCACCUUCUUGCUUCUCAUGGUUAUUAUAGCUCCCACCUACUGACCGUUUACUGCGUUCCAAGCAUUGUGUCAAACACUUCACCUACAGUGUCUCAUUAAGUCACGCAGUUGGUGUUACCAUCCCCACUUCGCCUCAAGGAGUUUGACACUCAAAAACAAUGUGUAGCUCACCAAAGUUCUCCUGGCUCCCAAGGGCUGGGAUUUGACCCCAGAUUUGCCCGACUUCAAAGCUGGGGCUCUUAACUACUGUGGGCAUGGCUGCUUCUAUGGCUCCAUAUAGCCGCUUACCUUUAACUCUUAAUUGUGCAGAAAAACAAAACAAAAAAACACAUGGCUUUCCCUCUUGGCAUGAUUCAGUUGUCCUCAGGCCUUGUUGUAAAUUUUGCAAAAUUUCAGGGUAAAUAGUAACAACCCCUCCCUCAUAUCGUGCUAUAUUUAUGUAGAUUGGGUUGACCUUACCUUCCUAAUGACAGUCGAGAUUCUGGCCCACAUGGAGCUGGUCAUUUCCUUCUGCAUGUACUGCGCUCACCAUGGUUGGUGCGUGGGGGCCCGCCUCUGGCCGUCUCUCCAGAGAUCCCUCCCGCAGCUCCUUCAGGGUUGCUGGCUAUCCCUCCAGGACCUUUGCUUUCCUCUAGGAUCCAAUAUGCACCAUCUGUGAUUCACUGUAAGCAAUUCUGACCUCUGGAAAAGAAUUCAUGCCUGCAAAACAUAAAUGAUGGUUUUUAGUUGGUCACGAUUAUUUUUACUUUAUUGUGUCAGUAAUACAUGUUUGAAGAGGAGUGUUUUUUUUGCCUUAUUGAAGUGACUCAUCAUGGGAUUCCCACCAAGACAUGAAAUAGACAUAGUGUAAAGCCAUUUACAUAAAAGCACAAAUUCCUAUUGCUGAGACCACACCGUGCUUACAGUACUCUCAAAUACUGACACCCGGAUGGAUUGUUCUCCUAGCUCAGAGGGUCACGGUGGUUCUCCAUUCAAGAAUAAAACCAGUAGAAACUGCAUGAAUAGACACUAAGGAACCAGCCUGUUUUCAAGAAGUAGCUGUAAUCGGGAAAGCAUUCUCUUUUCCUGACAACCCUAUUUGUCGAUUUGAAACUCCAAACAGCUUAGUAAUUACAGAUGACUUUCUAAAAUCCUCUUUGCAUAUUUCUUUCCUCUUCCAAAAUAGUUUUUUAUAUUUGACGUCAGUGACGAAUAAUCUAGGCUAAUUGACUAGCAUGUGGCCCAGCUUUAAGUUUUAUUUAUUUUUUUCCCCCUGAGGUUUUUGUGGUGAGGUGUGGAAACCACAGCGGAGGGCCUGGUAACCAUGGUGACGGCAUUGCCUCAGUGAAGUGGUUCUCAGAGCUCAGGCCGGGAGGCUAAUUCCUAUAACAAAGCCUUUUUUGUGUUCAAGAGGGCCCAGGAGAGCCCGGGGUUGUGACAGUGGCAGACAAACCUUCAGCCCGAGGACCUGUGAAGGAAAGAGGUGCACCGUGUGGUGGAAUCUCUUGAUCGCACCCACUUUGCAGAAGAGAAAAACGGGGCUGCAGUGGGGCCCAAAUGCUCCUCAAGGUCACCUGGUGACUCUUGAGGAAGGGAAUCAUCAUUUUGGGUAAACGCAGUGAGUCCAGAACUGGACAGUGCCCAACGGCAUUCACUGACAGCUCUUCGGCAAGUUUCCUCUCGGAAUCUACCCUGGGGUUUAGUUUUCAAACCAGAGGGUUAUCAGAGCCAGGAAAAAGUUAGUUACUUGCUUUCUAAAUGUUAUAACAUUAACAUGGGUGGUCCUGGAUUUGCUGAGAAUGACAGGGGUGUGUGGGCACAAGAAGAAAGAAGCAGGAGAUUUAAAGAAGUAACCCCCCCUUCUAAAAAAAAAUAAAAUAAGCGCCGCUAGCAGGGAUGGAAUUCCAAGAUAUGUACGGUAUUCCUGCCUUAUCUGAGGUUUUGUGUUCUAAGGUUUCGGUCACCCGUGGUCCACCACGGUCCAGAAGCAGAUGGUCUCCAUUCUGACCUAUUGUCAGAAGGUCAGUGGUAGCCCAACGCGACGUCACACGCCUGCACCGCCCGCCUCACCUCAUCUCAUCACGUGGGCAUUUUAUCAUCUCCCAUCAUCACAGGAAGGAUGGCUUACAUGAAGAUGCGCUUGAUGUACAUUUCCCUGGUGGUCCUGGGAGCCCUCUGUUUGUAUUUUAGCAUCUACAGCCUGACUCCUUUUAAAGACGAGCCGUUUGUUUUCAAGAAAGAAAGGGGGAACUUCCUUCAGCUUCCAGAUAUCAACUGCAGGCAGGAUCCCCCCUUCCUCGUCCUGCUGGUGACCUCCUCCCACGAACAGAUGUUUGCUCGCACGGUCAUCCGGAACACGUGGGGGAAAGAAAAGAAUGUGAACGGAAGACUCAUAAAAACCUUCUUCCUUUUGGGAGCCACAUCCAGUAAAGACCUGUCGAAAGUGGUAGUGCAGGAAAGCCAGCGGCAUCGCGACAUCAUCCAGAAGGACUUCACGGACGCCUACUUCAACUUGACCCUGAAGACCAUGAUGGGUAUCGAGUGGAUCCACCGCUUCUGUCCUCAGGCGGCUUUUGUGAUGAAAACGGACUCGGACAUGUUCGUCAACAUCUACUACCUGACCGAGCUGCUCCUCAAGAAAAACAGAACCACUCGGUUUUUCACCGGCUUCUUAAAACUGAACGAAUUUCCGAUUAGGGACAAGCACAACAAGUGGUUUGUCAGUAAAUACGAAUAUCCGUGGGAGAGGUACCCGCCCUUUUGCUCGGGCACUGGCUACGUGUUUUCCAGCGAUGUGGCAAGUCGUGUGUAUGAUGUGUCCGACAGCGUCCCGUUCAUUAAGCUCGAAGACGUCUUUGUGGGGCUCUGCCUGGCAAAACUGAAAAUCAGGCUGGAGGAACUCCACUCCGAGCAGACCUUUUUCCCAAACGGGUUGGCCUUUUCCACGUGUCGUUUUAGGAAGAUCGUGGCCUGCCAUUUCGUCAAGCCUCGCAACAUGCUGAGCUAUUGGCAGGCUCUGGAAAAUUCUCUGGAAGAGGAGUGUCCAGCUGUCUGAGCAAGCCCAGGGGCCCAUGCGGACACACUUGAGACAACCCAUAGUUUGGAAGCUCUUCAGGGGGCAUUGCUGAGGGUCCUCGUGGGGCAGGGAGGGAGUGAGGAGGGAGGAGGAAGAGGCAGGUGAGGGUGCUCUCCUCUAGCGCUGCCCGUCUAACUGAGUUUGUAAGCCUGAGUGGAACCGCUUGGUGCCCAAGCGAUAACAGAGGCCAUCUCUUGGGUCCCUACACGACUGCGCUAAGUGUCUGACGCACGCCUCCAUUUUCCCAUUUCCAGGAUCAGUGUCUAUAUGCAGCGGUGGGUGUCAGCAUCCCCAUCUUACACACCAGGCAGCCGCAGCUUAUGGAAACCCAGGGCCUUGUCCCAAGGCUCCCGGCCAACAAACACUGGGGCAGGGAUGGAGAUCCAGCACUGUGAGAACCCAGGCGCAGCCGCUGGCUUGGCCCACCCCUCCGUCCUGCCUCCCUUGGCAGGGAGUGGCGGCCAGGAGGGCUCGGAGGCAAGCCUGGUGGUGGCAUCCUUCAGUCCCUUUCAGGAGUCCCUUCCACUUCAAGUCCCAGUCCUUUAGCUUUCAGUGCUGUCCCUGGGGUGAAGCAGCACGCCCCCAGCGCCCUCAUUCACCGCAGUGGAUCGAGCAGGGAUACCGAGUCCCCGUGAGCAGCUCGGUAUUCAGCUCACAGCAGAGCAGGCACAUCCCCGGCCGUUGCCCCUAAGAAACGGCCAUCUCUAGACAGAAAACCGUGUUCAUAGAUUCGGCUUGGAAACAACUGCAAAGCUGGCCUGUCGAGCGGACUUCUUGGCCACGCUGCCAGCAUCCCCAAGGGCACGGCAUGAGCUCCCUGAAAUGAGCUUUGGUCAAGGGGGGCUGUCUUCCUGUGCCUGCUUCCCACGGCUGGCCCAGGCUCAUCUUUUUGGAAUUUCUCAGACGGCCAGAGAACAACUGAGUUUGUGAAGUGAUUAACCUUCUGUUUCCUUCCGCCUGGAGGUUUCUAGGAGCCUGUUCUGCAGGCUGUGUGGGUGAGGCCCUGCUUGGCGGGGGUCUUCACCUGUUCAGCGGCUGUGGGAUUACAUGCUAAGCUGCCCUGCUCCUGGUUGUAGGAAUGAUUCGUACUUAUUUUUUACUUUACCUGACGUGACUUUACCAGCGCUCAAAGUGAAGGCCUCCCAUGGCUGGGCAACCCACAGAAGCCAGACCAAGCUCCUACCUGAGCCCAGGUGGAGGUAUUUGCUGCAAAAUGGCCGUGGCAACAUUAACCCGAACGGCGUUUCCCCUAUCUGCUGCUUCUCUGCAGACGUGAGCCCUUAUCCUGGCCGCUCUGCACGUGCUGGACUGUGCUCAGGAAGCCUUCCUCCCAGGUGGGACAGUCAGGGCCUGAGCUUCCUUUUGAGCCCAGAUUUUGUCGGAGCCUUGGUCCUGCAGGAGGGCGCCCGAUGCGGAAGAUAACGGUGGGUGGGGGGUGUUGAGGGUGAAGGAGCUCCUCCGGCAGCAGGGCUGGGUCUGUGCCUACGUGUCCACCCUGGGUGGGGCGUGUGUCCGUGUGGCCACUGGGCUCGGUGUGGCGGACCCAGGAUCUGGCCUUCCCCUCAGCCUGUAGCUCAGUCCCAGGGAUCACGAGCCCAGGCAGGGCUCUGUUACCUGAGCCGGGGUCUUGGGCCCGACCACGAUAGAAGUGACGUGGGACCCACGAGUCAGAGGCACGGGCAGUGCUGUAUUGGAGGAAGCUCCUACUUUGUCCAGCGUUCCCACGCCUGUCCCUUAUGCCACUAAGGGAUGGAAAGUGCCUCGUCCUGAUUGGCUGCUGUUGGCAGGCGACCCAGCAGCUCAUUGGUGUUCUUGGAGCUGUGGUCUUCCAGGUUGGUGGAGCCUCCUUUUGUCCCCGCCUCAACAGGACGUGGCCCCGGCUGUUGCUGGAAGUCCGGCCGGUGUGGGGUCGGACCCUGGUUCUGCUCUGUGAGAAAAUCAGUUCAGGAAGAACAGCCGACCAGAAGUGCCCCAGGUCCAUGACAUUUGUCAUUUGGGGCUUGUUCCUGUGGUCCCUGACUGUCUCAUGGCCCCCGGAGAGCUUUCAUGCACCUGAUGCUUGCAGGGGAAUGUGGAUGGAGGUCUCAUCUCCUGUGUCUACAUCCUGCUUAUCGAGGGCGUAGACGCUGCCUCUCAUUGGAGGUCAUGGCAAUGUCCCGCUAUCUGAUUUAAUCCUGACAUGAGAGCGCGGUCCCCAGCGGGUGUGGGCUGAAUCCCCAGGCGAGCAUCAGCUGGAUAUGGGACUGUUGGAGUCUAGAGGACACGAAUUUGACAAGUAAAGUAAAGAAGCAUGGCCCAAAUAGAAACAGCAGUAAAAUGGCCACUAAGGGCGUGAGGAAAGGCAAGAACCAGGUAACACAUGGCAGGUACCCCUUAACGGAGUGCCAGAUGGUUUGAGCAUGGGGGCCUUAAAAUUAUGGAGCCAGGAGGCCUUUUGGGGGAUGAUGUCAUCCCUUCGUCCUACCUCUCCAGAAACAUGAAUGUGGAAUCAACAAGAUGGAUUUGCAAUAGCAUAUACUCGCCCUGGGUCAGCCAGUGGAGAGUCUAAGGCUAAUUGGUGAUCUAAAACCGCGGAAGCCAGAGUCUAAUGAUCUUAGAUAAGCUUAAACUCCUGUCCGGUUUCAGCCACCACUGGGGACACAGUGGCUUCUGUGUGGAAGCGUUGUGCAUUGUUCCCCGGCUGGUCUCAUCACGGAUCCGACCCAGGGGACUCUGAGCGUUCAGCCAUCCUCCGGCUCCCCUGGACCUCCGUGGUGGUGAUAGCUGAGUGUUAGAAGGGUUACUGAUGACUAUUUGAAUAUUUUCAGGGGACGGUGCAGCAUGUCCCACAGUCUCCGCUAGUCUUAUUGGUAUCAAGACAUUGAACUGGUGUCCCCCUUCCCAUCUGACAUUCUUAGGAAGACCAUUCCUUCAGCUAGACCCAGGAGCCCUGGGGAGGGGGGCUGGGCACUGAGGUGGUGAGUGGUUGUGGGGCAUCCACAGGGAGUGCUUGUCGUCAUCCAGGUCUCCAUCAUCAGUGCUGCCAUAUACUUGUGGCCCUGUGUGACAGUCUGGGUAACUGUGACACCAAGGCCAUAUCUCCUAGAUCAUACGCCAUGUUUGAGAUGUGGGGGGGUAUUGCUGCAUAUAAAGGGGGGCAGGGCUGGGGCGUGGGGUUCGCCGCACCUUUUGGUGGGCAGCUGCAUAAAAUGAUACUAAGUAUGCGGGCUCAUUUGGCAGUCAGAUUACAGGUGGAGGCCCGCAGAGAUCACAAGAGGGGUCAUGUGGUAUACCAAUGAUGGCUGAUGGAUGAAAACGUGUUGUUGUAAUCAGGUCAGCGGGUGUUGGGUGGAUGCUGAGGACUGGGUUUGUGUGAGGUUUAUUGGCUCUGUAAAUGGGGUGGGCUUGGCCCCGGGACGACUCUGCAAGCUUGCCUCACAGAACAUCUUUAUGUGCUUCUCCAUGGACUUGUUCAUGACAUACCCAUUGGUCUGAUUAAGUUUCUAGUGCGGUCUGAGACAAUGUUUUUAGUAAUUUGGAGCAAAGAAUUUUCUUCCCCUUUCCCCACGUUUUGCUUACGCCCUAUUAUGAUCAGGGAAGACAUAAGCACCAGGACAAGAAGGGGUAUGUAUGGUUAGUUUUAUUUUUUUUCUUCUUAGCCAGGACAAAAGAGGUGUGAAAGGACAAGAGAACAGACCCAGAGCCACCCCAGGAAAUGUUAGACUAACCUGGACCGCUUACCCAGCAGGGGCAAACCAGGUGUUUUCCAGGGAGUGGUGCUGCUUUAAGCAGCAAGUGAAUGGGAGACACAGAUGCAAGAAAAGAAGGUGAUGGGGACGAUGAUCCACCACAUUCCUUACCUGUUUGCAGUGAUGACUUUUUUUUAAAAGAUUUAUUUAUUUGAGAGAGAGAGCAAGCAGGCAGAUGAGCACGAGUGGCAGAGGGAGAGGGAGAGAGAAUCCCAAGUAGACUUUGCACAGAGCACGGAACCCUAUGCCAGGCUCCAUCUCACGACCCUGAGAUCAUGACCUGAGCUAAAACCAAGAGUCGGACGCUCAACCGACUGCGCCACCCAGGCGCCCAAUGACUGUCUUUUGAAUUUCAGAGCUUCAGUUGGUUCAAAGUAUAGGUGUGGUUGGCCGGUGGGUCCUGAAGAAGUCCGGGGCGGGGGUGGGGGGGAGGGCAAGUUUAAUCUUGAUGAGAUGGACCCAGCUGGGUACUCCUUCCAGCCCUGUGGCGGUGGGAGCGGCCAGAAAUCCCCGGUAGGGUCCUUUCCAUUUGGGUUGGAGUCGGUCCCUCGGUGAUCCCUCUUUCCGUGUCAUAAGUGCUGCUUAUUCCCCGGGCCCAACCUUUGGGAGGACAGAGGGAUCCGGGUGGGGUCUGGCGGGAUUUUAUUGCCACAUUGCUGUAGGGCCUGUUGCGUCUUGCUUCGGUUCCCCUGGCGGCGAAAGAUGCCCUGCUGUCGCUCUGAAGGGACUUGGGCAGCCCCAGAUCUUGGAAUGAUUUCUUUUAAAAGACAUUUGCACACCUCAGUAGCCUUUUCUGUCCUCGAACAGAAAGCCUCUAUCCAACCGGUAAAAACAUUUCCAGACCCAAGAAGAUACUGACAACCAGCCUUUGAAGGCAUCUGAGUAAAAUCAGUUCCUGAGCCCUCAGAGCCUGCCUGUUGGGCUCCAGCUGUGUUCCUGAUGCCACCUUGCCUGACCACGAGGGUAAGAAGCUCUGUGACAGCAGGAACUGGGAGGCAAAGCGAUGCUCUUCCCGUGACAGCCAAUGUUAGUUUUGUACUGGGACCUGCAGGAACCAGGCUGGUUGGUGGCUUCACCCUUGGGUGUCCAGGGGGAAUGACUGGUGGUGAACCCUGUUUCCUGGGUGUGCUGAGAUGAGCACCCUACAUGCAUUAUGUCCUUAAAUGCUCAAAGUAGCUCUAUGGGGGAGGGGGCGCCAGCCAUGGGCCCGCUUUGCGGGUGAGGAAGCCCAGGUGGCAAGAGGGAGGGAGCAACUCGCUCAAGGUUGCCGGCACAGCUGAGAAGUUGCACAUUUAGGGGACGACCCCCCUGGGUGGGCCUCCCAGGCUGCCAGCCGGCCGCCUGUCCGUGUUCAGUGGGGUGCAGGAGCUCAUUGCGUCGGGGGCUCAGGCUGCACCUCUUGCAUGCCCUCCAUGCCCCUCCACACGCCCACCCACCAGCGUCUGAACCCCAGUUCCCAGCCUUGUGCUCUGGGACUAGGCUCCGUGGUGCCAGCCCCUCUGAUUUUGCACUUGAUUCCAGCUCUUCCCACCUGGUGGAGCGCAGGACUCCUGCACGGGGCAGUUCAACCCCACAAGGGAGUUCUGUGUUGUCGUCUUAAAUUUCUCCUCUCCUGUUCUUUCUGAGUGCCCUCCCAUCAGACGUUGCUGCCCCCUCCACCAGCUGGUUCUUAUCAAGCUCUCUGAGGACUCCCGUUCUCGGUCCUUAUCUUGCCCGACUGCAUGACUGGUCUUGCUGGCUUCAGGCCCAGCUCCGUCCCCAGCUUCCAGGAUGCUUGGUGCUCUUGGUUCUCCUCCUCCCACCUGCUGCCACUCCUUUUCGGUCGCCUUUGCUUGGGGCUCUACCUUCGGAUUGUAUCCAGAGGCCAACCUCUUCCCAACACCUCACGGCUGCCGCCUGCCCAAGCCCCUGUCCCCGCACCUGUGUUCCUGUUCCUGUGCCCACUGUCUCCGUUCCCACCUCUGCACCCCUUAGGUCUAUUCCCAAAACAGCUUCCAGAGCGCUCUUCAAAAAUAUAGGCCAAAGCAUCUCACUUGUCCACUCAGAGCCCCCCAGUGGCUCCCCAUCUCUGAGGAAAAGCCACAUCUUUAAUAUCGUUACCUGUUUCUGUGCCUUAACCUUGUCCCUUCAUGCUGUCCCCUUCCUGCCACUCUGGCCUCCUUGCCUUCCUGGAACAGCCCAGACACACUUCACCAACUGCAGGGCCUUUGCACUGGCUGUUCCCUUUGCCAGGAUUACUCUUUCCCCAGAGCGUCUCAUGGCUCACUCCUUUGCCUCCUUCAAGCCUUUGGUCAGAUAUCACCUUCUUGGUGAGGCUUACCUUGCCCCAUCCCACGGCCCCUUACCUUGUGCUAUUUUUCCCAUUGGACUUACCAGUUUCUAACAAAGUAUAUAACAUCUAUUUAUUAUAAUAUAUUUCAUUUAUUUUAUUUCAACCCACUUUAAUGAGAGCUCUGUGCAGGCAUGGAUCUUUGUUUCCUUCAUUGAUGCACCUUAAAUCUUUUUUUUUUUUUUUAAUUAAUUAGGCUCCCUACCUAGCAUGGAGCCCAACAUAGGGCUUGAGCUCAUGACCCGGAGAUCAAGACCUGAGCUGAGAUCAAGAAUCGGAUGCUUAACUGACUGAGCCACCCAGGCACCCCAGACGCACCUUAAAUUUUUAGCACAGCUCCUGGCACAUAGUAGAUGCUCAACAAAUAUUUGUUGCGUGGAACUGAAAUGGUCUUUAUGGGAGACGGUUUUAGGGGGGAAUCAGAGAGCCUAGGCUGAAAGGGGGAGGCUUCUAAAACACAGCCAACAGCAUGGCUCCCAGCGAAUCAGUAAAUGAGGAGUGAGAUUUUACUGCAAACCGUGACCUGAAAAUCUAGAAGGGCUUUACAGCAGUGCUUCUUGACCUCAUGCCCCCUCCCGGUAGUAGAAAGCCUCAGACACUGGGAAGUGGGUGGAACCCUAUAAUGUACUCCUCCGCAUGCCAACCUUGUCUCACCUGACACCCCCUUGACACCUCCCUUCCAUCUCUUUUGAUAAUUAUAGAAAUCUGUCUCUUUUCCUCAACUGUGUCCAACUUUUAUUUAUUUUUAUUUUUUUAAAGAUUUUAUUUAUUUAUUUGAGAGAGAAUGUGCACAGGGGGGAGGGGCAGAGGGAGAGAGAAUUUCCAGCAGACUCCCCACUGAGCGCAUAACCUGACGUGGGGCUUGAUCUCACGACCUUGAGAUCAUGACCUAAGCCAAAACCAAGAGUCGGACGCUUAACCAACUGAGUCACCCAGGCACCCCAACUGUGUCCAACUUUUAGUCCCAGAAGAAUGAAAACAAUAAACCAAAUUGCCAGGAAACACAUGGGAUCACUAAUGUGACUUUUCAGUCCUACUGUUUUUUGUAUAUAAAUAACUACAUACAUAGCAUCUUUGGGACACUAAAAGCCAUCCUCUGGAUUUGAGGUCAUUUUUCAAAACCAUAACUAUGAAGCAGUGUUCACUCUCUUGAGCUGUGCGGGUGAAUUCGGGACAUUGGGGUCAUACCAUGGUCAGCCCAGGUAUGAGGAAUGUGGAUGGCCCACAGGUUACUCAGAAGGGGGUCACCGGACUCCCAGACCUCAUGGGGCUGUUUUGACAGGUGGUUGAGACAAUGUGUGUAAACUACUCAGUAACGUGCAUGUUUUUGAUGAUAGUAUUUGGGUCGUGAAUUUUGGUGCAGACUACGAUGGUAUAUUUAUAGCGAUCUGUGUGCAAAUCAAGAGAUCUUUGGGGUAGGUCUUUAAGACUAUUCUUUUCCUCCUUGAAUCUUCCCUGGCACUUUUGGAAAAAUUCUGGUAUCUGGGGAGUUUCUCAAAAUUGCAGAGCAUAGUGUUCCAGACUCGGUUAAUUCAGAGUGUAUGAAAAUCUGAACAGGUUACAAAAAAUGGAGCUGGAAGGUGCCUUAGAGAUUAUCCAUGGUUUAAGUAACAGCCUCCUUUUUACUGAUGAGAAAACCAGUGAGGAGAAUGGGGUGGUUUUUCUAAGUCCUUCGGUUAGCAGCAUCGCCUGGUCAGAAACCAGCAUCAGAAAGCUAAUGUCAGUCAUCCGCUCUUUUAUUUAUUCAUCCCUUGGGGAAGAUAUGCUCACUGCUUUUUACAGAAUGUCAGGAAGAAGGGUCAAGCCGAGGUUCUUGGCUGUGGGUUUUGCAAACAGCUUUAGCUAUUUAGGGUAAAUACACAAUGUCAAGAAAGUGAUUGGGUCAACCGUUCUCUUGGCAACUGAAAGAAAAAGCAUUUGUUCAGCACCUUCUUUGUGGACAGACGUCGUGACCCAUUUCCACAGAAGCUGUCCCAGUGAACCCUCACAACGUUUUGGGGUCUCCAUUGUUAUCAGAAUUAACACCCUGGAUUUGAGCUGAGGAACCUGAGUGGGGGCUCAGUGAUUCAGUGGGGCUCAGACGUGGCAGAGACCUGGCCCCUUGGUCUUCAGUGCCUCGCCCUUCACCAGAGCAUGGUUGGCAAGUCCUCCCACGGGGCUGAGGGUGGACAGGGCAUCCUGAGUCUUCCACAGGAACCCAGGGCUGGCCCCACCCAAAGGGUCUUCCAUCUUGUCCCUUUGCCUGGGCCACCACUUCUUUUCUGAGUGUUGACACAUGUCUCCAUCUGCUCCUUCCUGGUCCUAUUUGACCUUCUGGAACUUGGCCCUUUGUCAUCUGUGGUGUUCCCAAGAAUCUCCUGUUUAGCUGAGUCCUCUGACCUGUCCUGUCCCAGUCCCUCAGAUUUCCCCAGACAAGCAUCUGGCUCCAGAACAUGAACCCUCCAGACUAGUCCAACCUCUAGUUCCAGUCUCUCACUACCCAAAGUCCUGGUGAAACAAGUCAUCUGUCAACACUCCAGACAGGCUGCUUCUCCCACUGUGUGUGUGUGUGUGAGUGUGUGUGUGUGAUCCAAGGCUUUAAGUAGAGGCACCACGCUCCGUGGCAGCUGGUUUCCAUGUGCCAUCUGCCCUCCCCCGAGUGUGGGAAGGUCAGAAAACCCACGGUUUGCUUACGUGGGAUGUACAGCUGCAGGUGCCCCUGGAAUCCUCCUCAGUGCUGGGACGACAGCAUGGAGCUUGAGAGGUCACGUGUCCUCAACACUGUACAAUCGGUCACAUGCCUGUUACCCAGCAUGUGCCCCGUGGAGUGCUGGUGUGCUGGAAACACGGGCUGUGGGAUGAUCGGCAGUCACGGUGUUUAGAGACUGUCCUGGACUCCAACUUCUAGGCAGAAUGUUUAGAAAGCGUGAAAUACGAUGAAAGAGAUCGAGCAGCCUACUGACUAUGGGUGUGUUUCUUACAAGCAAGAACCGGGUGCAGGGCUGUCCAGAGUCCUCUGGCCUGAUGCACAGGCUGAAAGGGACAGCCCGGCCUUGGUGAUGCUCGGGGCUCGCCACACUAAGGUCCUAUGGCUCUGUGAUAGAUUAAAUAAUUAACAAGCCCGUUUUACUAUAACAGUUGCUGACCCUUCUCAUUUAAAAAUAGAUGAGAAGAUGUUUAUCUUUUCUCUGUGUCUUCCAUUUGGAAAUACUUGUUUUCUCAUGUUUUUUUUUUUAAGAAUUAAUUUUUGGUACUUGUCACAUUAGGACUGAUGGUUUAGCUAUUUCCUGGAGACCGUAAACUUCUCCAGGCUUACUCUUUGCUCUGUCGAGGUCCCUGGCAUGGUGCAUGGUAAGGAGGAUAUACCAAUAAUUAUCUAGUGGGUUUUUCUUUAACGUUUUUUUUUUUUUUUUUAAUUUAUUUGAAAGAGAGAGAGAGAGAGCACAAGCAGGGGAGAGGGGCAGAGGAAGAGGGAGAAGCAGACUCCCGGCUGUGCAGGGAGCCUGAUGUGGGACUCGAUCCCAGGACCCUGAGAUCAUGAUCUGAGCCGAAGGCAGACACUUGACCGACUGAACCACCCAGGCGCCCUAUCUAGUGGGUUUUAAGGUGAUUUCUGGAAGGACAUACUCAGGCAGAGUGGUGAGCUAGAGUACAGGAAUUAAGUGAACCAUAAGGUCCCUUCCAACACUAAUUCCUGAAGCCUCUUUUAUAGAUUGUUAUUGCCACUUAUUUUUAUUUCUGUUUGGUUCUACAGAACUCAAAAAUCUGUAUGUGAACACUAGGGAACUUCAUCAAGGGCUGAGAUGUAUAUCAAAUAAACUCUCAGUUAUGUCUCUGGGAUAUGAAAUAUGGUUACAUUCUCUGUUUUGAAUAUAGAUGGAAAGAUCUGUAGCUUGUGGCCACUGGGAACUUAGAAGCACGAGCUCCUCGUGAUUUUCCUGCUUUUCAAGUAGUCAUACCAGGGAAGAACCCCUCACUCUCAGAUUGGCCCUGAAACUGAGCAGGGAAGCCACCUACCCCCAGUGUGGGGCCAAGAGCCACAAAAGGCUGGAGGAGAGGAUGAGGAGAGGAAGCAGGAAUGUGUCCUAGCAUCUGCCAAUAUGAAUACAGACAAACGAAACAUCAGAUUUUAAUAAAAAAAAAUUCCUUCCUUAUCAGACUUGAUCAACUUUAGAUAUAAGUAGACAACUCACUUACAGAGCCAAAUGUGGUUUUGGGGAUCCCAUUGUUUCGUAUCGUCUGUUCUACUAUGUCCAUUCUCUGGUUUAUGAGAUGAGUGCCUGUUACGUGGAGAACGGAGAUGGCUGGUGUGGUAUAUCCAUGGCCUGGCCCAGAGCUCCUGUCACACAUGUGCUCCUGGGAUGUCAAUGCUAGGUCCGUUGUCUCAAGGGGCCAGUCCUUUCGGCCCCAGAGAGAUACACCAAAGAAGUAGUGAGGCCCUUUGUUAAAUUCUGCUAUGGAAACUAUCAGGUUGGGGGAGAAUUUACUUAUUUUACACAUGGCCAUAUGUGACAUCAAGGAAAAUCCACCAUGACUGGAAGUUACUAUUGUUAACCAAGGAGACUUUGUGGUUAAAUUUUGUUUUUCCUAAAAGACAAGAAAUAAAAGUGAAUUUAUAUGUUACUGAAUGAUAUUUGAAAAUGUCUCUCUGUAUUUUAGGGGGAUGUACUAGAUUCUUAUGUCAUUUUUUGGGAGUAGGUAUAGGUAUUUAUUUAUGAUUUAGUAACACUUAUCUUUAAUAAAAAUUAAGUUAUUAAAAUAGCAUCUUUCACUUAACUUGGUUAGUUCUAAGUUGUAGUUAGAUGUGAUAAACUUUUUUUUGUAUUGAUGUUUCCUAUAUUUUGUGUUUGGGAAAGUGUUUUUAAAAUUUGACUUUGAUUUUGGAAAAAUGUGCUGAACAAUUUGACAUGCUUAUCUUUGUAAGAGUUGGGGAUUUCUUGCUUCCCUGGAUUUAGGAAGCAAAGGAAUGGGGCUCUGACUCUUGGAAGGUCUUUAGGGGGACAGUGUCUGGGUGGGUGGUGAGGAGUGAGGUAUCCUGCGAGAACCAUAAGCCCAGGGCAGGAGGAGGCGGGCAUCCUUUUAAAUUUUCUUCCUCUCCUGUACAUUUAUAUUUUUUGAAAGCCGUCAUUUAAGUUUAAAAAAUCAGGCCUGAUGAAUUAAGACCUUUAGAAUCUUCAUGGUA